AUGCCAGGAACGGGAAAGGCUAUUGCAGCAGCAGCAUACUCAGUUCCUGGAGCGUCAGGCAGCCUUUGCUCAGUUGCAGAACGAGUAUCAACAAGAGCCAACGCCUACACGGGAGCACGAACUUCUAAUGCUUCAACAGCUGAGGCUAUGGAUGUUGAUGAUGAACAGCAGCUUCUCUCCAUCGCAUCGGCUAUCAUAAAUCUUCGUCAACAGCCCGCAACAGUCGAAAGUGCUUCGGUCAGUGCAUGGGCCUCAGGACCUGCGUACUCGCCUUUUAAGGAUGACAAUGAUCCUGACGCAGUUGUGGUGCUUGAUACCAAUAUUUUAAUAUCCCACCUCAACUUUCUCAAAUCGAUAAUUGAUAUAUACGGCGGAAAGAAGGAGCCAUAUAUCGUUUUCGUAAUACCGUGGAUCGUAGUACAGGAGCUGGAUGGAUUGAAAAAAGACGGUUUUCGUAAAUCUGGAGAGGUUAAUCUGGCGAGUAAAGCCCUUAGAGCCACCAAAUUUCUAGAAGAGGAAUUUGAAAAACCGGAAGACUUGAGAAUACUGCGUGGUCAAAAAAUCAGCGAGCAUCAUGAAGAACUCGAUAAACAAGCGAAAAACGAUGAUAAAAUCCUGGAUUGCUGCUGCUACUUCAGGAAUUUGUAUCCAAAUCAGAAAAGCACUAAGAUUGCGCUAAUAUCGAACGAUAGGAAUCUAUGUGUAAAGGCAAUGAUCCAUGAAAUCAUAACCGUUUCCUAUGAAAAAGUCCCUUUUGAACCCGAGACUGUAAUCACUGCCAUUCUGCAAAUCAAGGCUAUUGCCAUGGAAGAAGAUGAUCAGAUGAUGGUUGAUCAUGACCCUGUGGGAGAGACUAAAGUACUCGAUGGAGUCAGAGCCAACUUAAAGCUGUCCUCCAGCCCGUCCUCCCGCCCGCGCAAAGGGUAUCGACUGGAGUCCAAUGACCGUGAGUUGCGGAGGAUCAAGGCUAAUAAUUUCAGAAAUACAGCUAUCCCUGAUGGUAUGGAUCCCAAAUUAUUCGAACUUACUAGCCAUAUCGUUAAAAACUUGCGGCGAUACCUUGAGGUCACAGUGCCUAAUCAUCUGGAAGCAUACUAUGGAGAGACAUGGAAGGAUGUGACCGAUUUUAAUAAGAGCCUCGUCAAACAGGAAGAUGUUGUGUACGAUUGUAGGCGUUUGGAGCAACCGAUCACACUUCUUCAACGGUAUUGGAACAGCGUUUUCUCAGCUCUCUAUGGAGCUCCAAGCAAAGCAGAAAAAGCACGCGAGCAUCUGAAUAAUCUACAGUCUUUCAUCAAGACCUGGAGUCGUGUCGAAACAUUCGGCCUGGGGAAGGUCUACAAGAAAGAUUUAAGGGUAUUCUUGGAGAGUAUUGACGUAGUUUUGACGGGACUAGUCACAGAGCCGGUUCCAAGGAAAGUGUCUCCAGGCACGCCGUCUUUAGUGAAACAUCCGAUGACUCGCAUUUAUUACGAUGAACCCAAUAAGACGCGAUUAAUAAACGACUGGAAAGGAUAUUGCAAGCUAUUACAAGGCUAGACACCAACGACAUGGCUACUCUCUCAUGUGUUACUUAUUAUAACAUUUUAAUAAAAG